AUGGUGAACAUGAGCCUGCAAAAGGAGGGCCGUCAGCGGUCUCUCCGUGACCAGAGGCGUGCUCCGGACGAAGCCACGGAGCCUCUCUCUUCUCAAGAGUCAGAUACUGGGUCUGAGAAGUCUGUAGGGAAAGGACUAACAUCGAAGCGUAUGAAGCAACUGCCAUGGUCCUACCUCCUCGCGUACGCCGCCCCUAUGAUCGGCGCAGGAGGAAUGAACUUCACUUUGACGACGUUCGCAGCCUAUUUUUAUACAGAUGUCAUGGGAGUCAGCGCUGGCGCUGUUGGAAAAAUUCAACUGUGUCUCAUGCUGAUGUACGCCGCGUCAGAGCCUGUUUUUGGAUGGGCCAGCGACAUCACAGGUGGCUGGGUUCAAAUGAAGCUCGGCCGACGAAAGCCGUAUUUGGCUGUUUCCGCUGUGCUUCACGCGAUCACUUUCAUGUGCUUGAUGGGACCACCGGCGACUCUGACACCGGACAAUGGCCUGGUGGAGUGGGCGUUUUGCUUCGCCAUUCUUCUUGGAAUUUCUUGGGGUUGCAAUGAAGUGACGUAUCAGGCGCUGGGCGCCCAGUUGACUUUCGACUACGAUGAACGCACGAAACUUCAGGCCAUCGCCGUAUCAGUCAUUACAGUGGGUUCGACUUCGUGUGGACUACUCCACGGAAUCCUCGGUACCACGCUUGGUUCCUCUUUUGAGGCUGUCCGCCUUCGCUUCAUGGUCCUUGCUUGCGUGUACGGUGGCGUCUUCGUCCUUGGAACGUUGAUCAUGCUUUUGGUCAUCAAGGAGGAAAGCGUCCAAAUGGACUACAGCGGCGUUAUCGAGUCACAGACCUUCGGUGAAUGGAUCAUGAUGGGCUUCGAUUCCGCGAAGCAGAUGUUCCUUAAUCUGCCUUUCUUCCUGCUCAUCGUUUGCUACUCAUGCACAAUCAUGGCCGGAGCGGUGACGCCAAUGAUGCUGCCAUACUUCUGCAAGCACGUCACUCAGUCAUCAUUCGCGACAGAUUGGGCACCCCUCCUCUUUACAGCAAGCGCUGUUGUUGGAAUGCCCCUCUGGGUUUUCUUGGGGAGCUCCUACGUGGGCAUGGAGAAGAAGUGGAGAUUUUUACUCGCAGGUUUCUGGCUGGCGCUUUUCUUGGGCCUCGCUGCGGUCUUCGUGCGACCGGGAGACAAUGCUUUAUUCAUCACUCUUUCUGUUCUCGGUGGCCUAGCCAUGGGAGGCUACUUUGCCACGCCAGAAGCCAUGAAGCCAGAUGUUGUGGACUACGACGAGUUCAGAACGGGCGCCAGGCACGAAGCUCGAUUCGCCGGCGUGUUUAUGUUCUUCGCCAACAUCAUGGCCGGUGUUGCUCUUGAAAUCAUGCUUCUGCUGCUCGAGCGCUUCGGAUACGAUGGGACGAAAAAGAUUGGAGAACCGGAGCCCGAAAAGGUUAUCAUGACGAUCAGAGUCGGCUACGGCGCUGCACUCGCAAUCAUGCUCGUGUUCAUCACUCCCGCAAUGAUCCUGUACCCUAUUUCGAGAAAGAGCCACGAGGACAUUUUGACGGCUAUUCAGAGGCGCAUGGAUGGCGAGUUCGUCGCAGAUCCUCUCUACGGAGGAGCGCCGCUCCCUCCGUAUGACAACGUGCCUAUCGCGAGGCGCAUGGUGUCCGCCGAUGCCGGUGAUCAGCCAGCCCUUACGCGAAGCUCAUCUUUCCUGCAGCAAGUAGGAAUGGAAGUUGGAGCACUGGCGAGUUCACACGGGGACCGCAGUGGCAUUAGAUAUGUUCCGUAA